AUGGACGCGUACAACUCGUUGGGCCGCGUAGUCCGUGUCCUCGCCGGCAUUGGUCAUGGAUACCGCUACGCCACAGCCGCUGCUUCCUCUGUUACUGGCUCUGCGUACAUUGGAGUUAGUUCUGCUUGCCGCCAGAGGUGGGCACAGGUCAGAACGAAGUUUUCUUUGGUGUCCACAUCGCUUCAGUCUCAAGCGACGAGGGAAAAGCUGGAACAUAUGAAGCAAUGGCCGAGGUGUCUCUGUGCGCUUUUUUUUUCUAAGUGUGUGUUUGCGUGCUUACCACGCAAAUGCAUGACACCCUUCUCUGCCCGGUCGCGGUGUAUCUUCGCGGCCGGCCCCGGCAAUGGUUUCUCACAAUGUCGGGGGGCGGUAACGGAAGGCUUGCGUGUGCACACCACCGCCGUAGACCGGGAAGAGAAGCGCCAAUAUCUUUCGUACCGGCCAAUUCGUGACGGCCACCGGUGCGCUUUUUUGCUCUCAUUGGGUUUGCGCAUCGGGGCGGCGUCUGGGGGAGACAUGCUGCGCAGUUGA